AAGCCCUGAACAAAAGACAAAAAAAAGGAGGGCUCGGUCCUUUGCUUUUCAAUCGGUAGAAAUCAACAAGUGGGUAUAAAUAGAGUUUUUUUUUUUUUUUGUUAGAAAGGGGGGGGGUCGUUUUUUGAAUUUGGGGAGCCUUUGGUUGAUUGUUGGAGUUUGAUUUGGGAGCCAUUGUUCUGGGUUUCGGGAGAAAAGAGGGAGGAGAAAACCGAGCUGAUUCCGGCAAGAUUCCGGCAAUAUUUCAGCCUCCUUUUGCUAGGUAAUUUCUGAACAGAGGAGCCUUCUGGGAAUGAUGGUGAAGGAGACGAUAGGAGCCUGGUCCCGUGGGUGGGAUCCCUCCCAUCUGAUCUGGAUCCAUCUUACCCAAAAAGCUCUGCCGUGGGUGUUUUUCUUAUAUUUUGGUUGAUGUUUCUGCAUCUUUUUGUUUAAUGUUCAAGCUUGUACACGUUCCGUUUGAAAAUCAAAAAAAAUAGUUCAGUUUAUUUUCUGAUGAAUGUGUUGCUGUUACUGGAAAUUACAUGAAUCCUAGUUUUCCCGCUUUGGUUGCAUAUUUGAUCUUCUUUUUGUCUAUUUUUAUGCUUGAAUCGUGUUUUUGGGUCGGGUCAGUCCGAUUUAAUCCAAUAAAAAAAAAAAAACUAA